AUCUCUCCUCUUCUUUUCUUCUUCUUCUUAAAAAAAAAUCCAUUUUUCCUCAAUAAAUUUUCCUCUUUUAAAAUUUUUUUUAUUUUUAUUUUUUUCUUUUGGAAGUAGCAAGAACGCGCUAGUAACAAUGAAGAUUAAUAUAGUUAAAAAAAAGGGUUCAAAUUCAACAAAGGUGUUGAUUGGACUUAUGCUCUUCGUUUUGACGAUUGAAGUGUUAAGGCAAAAUCAACUUUUCUUCAACUCGAGACCUCACGAUUAUUUUAUUACCUCAACCCCUGAUGCAAUCAGUCAUCAUAAUAACCAAGGAGUAGAAAAAUCUAAGUCAAAAAUCAACUGCGAUAGGUCUCAUUAUUCCUAUGAUCUUUGCUCAAUCAAUGGGCCAACAAUUUUUGACCCAAUUAAGUCAACAUUUUAUGACAUGGACUCAACCAACAACAAGAAUGAGACAAACAUCAUAGUUGAAAAGAUUAGGCCCUAUCCAAGAAAAUGGGAGAAUUACACAAUGGGCUCAAUCAAGGAAUUCACUCUUAAUACAGGCCCAAUAGGCCCACAUUGCUUGAUCCAUCACAAAGCCCAAGCACUUGUAUUCAGUGUGGGAGGGUACACUGGUAACUUCUUCCAUGAUAUCAAUGAUGGAUUCAUUCCACUUUUUAUCACUGUUAAUUCUUUGUUUCCUAAUCAAGAUUUCAUCUUAGUAAUAUCCAAAUUGCAAGAUUGGUGGGUCCACAAGUACAAGGAUUUAUUACAAAGCUUUAGUAAACAUCCUAUCAUUAAUAUUGACAAGGAGGUUAAUGUCACACAUUGUUUCCCUAGAGUGACAAUUGGCCUUAUGUCACAUGGUUUCAUGAACAUUGACCCAAAAUUAACACCAACCUCAAAAACCCUAAUAGAUUUUCAUAAAUUUCUAGCUACCACAUAUGGCACCAGUAAGUCUCAGCGUCAGUCUCAUCAUCAGCCUCAACGUCAGUCUCAGUCUCAUCACCAGCCUCAACCUCAGUUUUCGCCUCAAAUUCAAUAUCAAUCUCGUCCUCGACUCGUCUUAGCAAGUCGUGGAGGCAGCAUCGGACGUCUGAUUCUGAACCAGGAUGAAGUAAGAUUGGUCGCGGAACAGAUAGGUUUCGAGGUACUUUUAUUCGAGCCGAAAAAAACAACAUCAUUGCAUGAAUCAUUUGGAUUGAUACACUCAAGCCAUGCAAUGAUUGGAGUUCAUGGAGCAGCGCUAACACAUGCAUUAUUUCUACGUCCUAGUUCAAUAUUCAUACAAAUUGUUCCAAUUGGAGCUGAAGGAGUAUCAGAUAUUUGUUUUGGAAAAUUAGCAAGGGAAAUGAAGUUGGUUUAUGAGGAAUACAAAAUUGGAGUUGAAGAAAGUAGCUUAAUGGAAAAAUUUGGAAAAGAAAAUAAAUUGGUGUUAAAAAAUCCAAAGGCUCUUCAAGGAAAAGGUUGGUCUCAAGAGAUUAUGGAUAUUUAUCUUAGACAACAAAAUAUUAAUUUGAAUUUAAAUAAAUUUAGAAUGUACUUAGAGAAAGCAUAUCAAAAUGCAAAAAUAUUUAAGGCUAUUAACGGUUAGUAAAUAGGGGUUGUUGAUUCUUUUCUUAAUAUAUAUACUUUU